CGGCGAGCUCGCGCGGGGAGCCAUGAUGGGUAAGUCGGUGGUGGGACUCGGAGGCGACGUGAUGCACUUUACCUGCCUGACGUCUAGAAGUCGCGCCUUCCUCUCUGCCUUUUGGAAAAUUUCGGGCACGGUCCUCUCGAAAUCUUGGCGGCAGGGAUGGAGACGGCGCACCUAGCUGCUAGCUUCCACGUGCCCCGCGAUGAGGCAGGCGCGUCCGACGCGUUUUGCCCACACCGAACUUCUGUCAUCGCGUAACCCAAUCCACGCCCACGAGAUGAGCUACAACGGUUACGAAACUUCGUACACAUCCUACGGCGCCGGCGGCGGUGCUGGUGGAGGCGGCUUCAUACCAGGAGAGGGCGGCAGUACACAGAGCCCGGGCGGUCGACAAGACCGUGCCCAAGACACCCUGCGCCCCGUCACCAUCAAGCAGAUACUGGAUGCUCAACUUGAAGCCGGCAGCAAUGACGCCUUCAAGAUCGACGGCACAGUAGUCACCCAGCUCACAUUUGUCGGCCAAAUACGCAACAUAUCCAACCAGACCACCAAUACUACAUACAGGCUCGAUGACGGCACUGGCAGUAUAGAAGUCAAGCAAUGGGUCGAUUCCGAUGCCCAAGAACAGACCAACCCCACCAAAGCGAAACUCGUCGAAGGUGCUUACUGCAGAGCAUGGGGUAAGCUGAAGAGCUUCAACGACCGAAGAUCUGUCGGAGCGACAGUUAUCCGACCCGUCGAAGACAUGAACGAGGUUUCCUACCACCUACUCGAAGCGACCGCCGUACAUCUAUACUUCACUCGCGGACCUCCUGGCGGUGCGCAGGGCGGUGCGGCUGCUACCAACGGCGCCGGUGGACAGCAGCAAGCGGCCAUGGGUGGCAGCUACGGCGGCUAUGAUCUCGGUGGCUACAACCAGACAGCGAAGAAGGUGUUCCAGUAUCUGAGAGAAGCGCCGCAAUCGAACGAGGGUCUGAACCAGCAUGAGAUUGCCGCGAAACUCGGUAUCGACACAGCAGAGGUCGCAAGGGCUGGUGAUGAUCUGUUGUCAGGUGGUCUCAUCUACACGACUGUUGACGACCAGACCUGGGCCAUCCUUGAGGCAGAUUAAGUCAAAUGUCUAUGGGCGCGUGGCCUCGAGUGGGGAUGAGCAAACAGAACAAGAAUAAACUAUGCUGGUUUAGCGACAUCAGCACGAGCGUAACGAUUUAUUAUGAUAUUCCAUCUGCUGCGUCGAAAGUGUUCGAGAUUUCUGUUACUUGUCCGCUAUCACUUUUCCGCGUUGGUUGAGAGGAACAAUAUGCACGUCGCAACAAUGGCGCAUGACACCACCGUGAAAACGACCUGCGUCUUCCAGCCCGUCUGCACCAAUGCCCGCCGCUGACUAUACCGUGAGAUCGUAUGAAUAUAAUUCGACAAUCCUGACAGCAUGCAUGCCAUGGAAA